AUGUCAGCGACGCGAACGCAGCAUUACGCUAUAUACCUGUCACAUUUCGAUUACAAAAUCCGAACAAAAAAGUCAAAAGAAAACGCAAAAGCGGAUGCAUUGACGCGUUUACCAAGCCAGGAAAUUGACAACCGUUGGGAAGAAGUAGAUUUGAUCGAACGUAAUGCAAUCGAAAACUUACCGGUCACAGCGGCGAACCUUAAUGAAGCGUCUAGAGUAGAUAAAGAAGUCGCCAAAUUAAUACAAUGCCUGAAAUAUGGGCAAGAAUGUGAACCCAAGGAGCGGUUCGGAAUAACUCAAACAGAGUUUACCUUGCAAAACGGCUGUUUACUUCGUGGUAUACGCGUUUACAUAGCACGACCAUUCUGUGAGAAGGUACUAGCGGAACUACAUACUGCGCAUUUUGGUAUGUCAAAAAUGAAAACACUAGCGCGGGCAUAUUGUUGGUGGGGUGGUUUGGACAAAGACAUAGAAACGCUUGUAUCUGACCGUGUUCAGUGUCAAGAAAUACGCGCAGAUCCAAAGAAGGAAAAAAAUUUACUGGUGUUAGUUGACGCCUACAGUAAGUGGCCAGAAGUCCAUGUAGUGACAAACAUAAAUGCAGAAACAACAAUACAGAAGGGUAAAGAAAUUUUCGCCCGUUUUAGUGUUCCGAACACCUUG